AGCUGGGGACCACAAAGGGCUGCAUCAUUUAAAACAACGAGCACCAAUUUAUCAAAGCCAAAAAAAUAUUUAUGGACCAUAUACUGUGAGUAUAAGAGUUAACCCUUCAAAAAGACCUUAGUGAACAGACAGAAUUUUGAAAUUGAUGAUGCACAAAACAAUCUGAGGAAGUGGCCAAUAGGUGAAGUGAGUAGAUAAUGAGAUCCGGAGCACUCGAAUUUGAGGAAGAUACAACACGUUUAAAAAAACCCAUCUAAAACUGGUAAGUGCUGAGGAAACCAUACACUUUGAGGUGCGACAAGACUUUUUGCAUUUCACACAAAACAUAAGAGUUCACAAAACUGGGUCACAGAGAAGAAAUCUAGAUGGGUACGAACAAAGAACCGUGUGUUGAGCAGUCAGAACCACAGAUUGAGGAGAACAUGGAACUGUCUUCUGAACAAAACAGCCCGGUUGAUCAAGACCCGCGGCAACCAGAGGAUGGCAAGCUACUCAACACGUACAAGUGGCACACGGGAGCCAAGACUGAGACGCCGGCACAGGGGGCUAUCGAGAGGCUGGAGAAAGGGGCUUCGAACAAAUGGAAUAAAAUGCAGAGUUGGCGCAAAGCUCUGAGUGAAGAUGCCGGGGAAAAGAGCUCGACUGCAGCUCGAGGGGCCGAAAGCCCCUCCAAACCAGACAAGCCGGCAACUUCAAGGAAAAACCCUUUCCGCAGAGCUCUUUCAGAGCCACCAGGGUCCCUCCUAUCUUCGGUCCUGUCCUCCUCUUCAACAUCUGGGUCCUCCAAUGCACAGGCAUCAGGGACAACCCUCCAGGACAUGACACAGAAGGGGAAAAUUCGAAAGUACCUGCAAACGGUCUCACAGAAGUUUAAGAGACCGCGUUUACAGAGUACUCAAAUUGCAGAGCAUGACAAAGAGCCUGAAAAUGUGGUCCAAGAGCCUGUUCGGCUCUCCUGGGCCCCCCCACAAGACGUUCCAGUUUGGGACAUAAGCAACUGUUUUCUUCAAGAUGGACAGAUUUUUAUCCCACGCGAGGAGGAGCCUUUGAUGAGGGUACGGAACCGGGCCAGCAGUUGUCUCUCCAGUGUCAGUCUCCAGAACAUCAGUGGAAGUCACACUGAGCUAAAUCCAGAUCCUGUGGUACCCCAAAGUGGUACCAAAGUAAAAGGGCAAGAUGGAGGCGUCAGAAACUUAAUCAAGCGCCGCUUACAGGGUGAUGAUAAACGGAAAAGCAGCACACAGAUCAAUACUGCAGGACUAAGUGGUGCUGGAAGGUACGGUUCCAGAGAAUCUUUAUCCAUUCCAGUCAGUGCUGCAAAAAGCCUGGAUCUGAAUGCAGACCAGACCACCGUCAUCAGGCCAGUCCACAGCUCUAUUCUAGGGGAAAAGUACUGUUUUCAGGUCAUAAACUCAGAGAAUAACCACUGCUUUGGGUGCAGUUCAGCUGCAGAAAGAGACCGCUGGAUUGAGGACUUACGUCGUACUGCACAUCCAAAUAAGGACAACUGUGAGCGUACUGAGAACUCCCUGAGCCUUUGGGUUAAUGAAGCAAAAGACCUUCCCCCAAAGAAGCGGUAUUACUGUGAGGUCCACCUUGAUGGUACACUGUUUGCUCGUACCAGUAGCCGGGCCGUUGGGAAGUCCGUCCAACGCUCCAGUCAAGCAGUUGACGGAGGAUCUGGUGCAGCUGGUACAGGUCAUGGUGGUGGUGUUGCAGGAGGUUGCCAGAUAUUCUGGGGCGAAUUUUUUGAACUUGACAACUUGCCCCCAGUCACCCAGAUCACCCUGCACCUCUUUAGAGAAGAAGACUCCAAGAAAAAGCGCCAUUCCAAGGAUGACUCCAUGCUGCAUCCUCUAGGAAGUGUGGCUCUUGCUCUAGCAGACAUAAAAGGACGGGCCUUUCAAGAGAAGUGGUACCCCAUCGUUCCCUACAAGCCCCCAGGAACAAGUACAGCAAAGGACCAACUUGGACUUCAGGCUUCACUUCGAGUCAAGGCCAAAUUUAAGAACCUGAAAAUUCUGCCUAUUGAGAGGUACAAGGAAUUUGCUGAAUAUGUCACAGUGGAUUAUGUGGGUAUGUGCAGUAGCCUGGAACCUCUUCUCAAUGUACGGGAGAAAGAAGAACUGGCAGGAGCACUUGUUCAUGUGCUCCAGAGCAUUGGGAAAGCUAAGGAGUUCUUGAUUGAUCUUGGUAGUGCAGAAGUUCAGCGCUUGGGAGACAAUGAGGCUUUGAUUUUCAGAGAGAACACACUGGCCACAAAGGCUAUUGAUGAAUAUAUGAAACUAGUGGGCCAGAAGUAUCUCAUAGACACACUUGGCGACUUUAUAUCCAGACUGUAUAGUGGAGGGGAGAGCUGCGAGGUAGACCCACAAAAAUGCUCUUCCUCUGAUCUACCAAUCAACCAGAGACAUCUAAAGGAGAUGUGUGGGGAUGUUGUGAAGAGAAUCACAGACAUGCAUGAGUCAUUCCCUGCAGAGCUGAAUGAAAUUUUUUCCAGUUGGGUCUCAGAUUGUGAGGAUCGAAUGGACAUCGGACACCGUCUCAUAUCAGCAUCUCUGUUUCUUCGAUUCUUAUGCCCAGCAAUCCUCAGUCCAUCACUCUUCGGUCUUACCCAACCCUAUCCGGAGACAAACACCCUUCGCACUCUUACUUUGACAGCCAAGGUCAUUCAAAACCUUGCAAACUGCACCUUGUUUGGCGAAAAGGAAGAGUACAUGUUUUUUAUGAAUGAAUUUCUAGAACAACACUGGGAGCCUAUGCGAGGAUUCUUACAGAAAGUAUCUGAUCCAGACAGUGAAAUGGCCAUGGCUCGAUUUGAUGGCUAUGUAGACCUGCCCCUUCGUCUAGCGGUCCUUCACAACCUCCUGGUGGAUAUUAUCUCUGUAAUGAAACAGGACCAAAUAGACAACCUACAACCCUUGCCUUCAAUCCUGAACCAGAUCACAGAAUUCCUUGAUCAUGAUGUUCAACAGAUCCCUGUUAACAGCAGUCAUGGAACACCAAAGCCUGUAUACUUACCUCCAAGGGAUCUCCCCAAGUACAGUCCAUUGCAAACCUCCAUGCAGCAGCUUCCUGUAGACUCAAAAUUCAACCAAGUCAAAGAACGUCAGCGGAAGCAGGUGCAGCGGGCUUACAGUGUCCCCAACAGACCAUCCCGGCAGAAGAGCCAACCAGUUAAGCGGCAAGCAAGCAAUGAAGAGCUACCUACGCAGUGCCCGGACCAAGCUCCCAGUUUGGAAAUUACAUUGCCCAGCAAUUCCAUGAAACCCAAUACCGGACCAGCAAGAGUUUUUUGGGAAAUCAAAGAUGGCAAUGAGUCCCAUCAAAAAACAGGGCAAGAGCAAGAGGACACAAGCACAUUAGAUAGGCAUGCGCAAGAGUUGGCUGAGCUGCGUUUAGGAGUGGAGCAGGUGACAGAGCGCGAGCUGGAGAUGGCCAAGCGAUUAGAAGACUUCAUAGCCCUGAGCCAAGACCAGAAUACACAGCUACAGGCAGAGGUUCAGGACCUCCGUAAUCUGUUAGCCAUCCGUGAGGAACAGCUGGCCAGUGCAGCUUUCAGACUGGGCGUCAUAGAAGAGGAAAGGGAGGAAGACGAAAGAAAGCUGAAUGUCGCUGUGGCUGCAGUUGAACGCAUGAAUGUUUUGGAGGAGCAGUUUGCUGGGUUGUUGAAAGAUGUGCACCAACUCUAUGCAGUUAACGCUGAUGGCAUAAGACAGACGUACAUAACAUAGAAUGUACUGGUUGAUGCCCCUUUGCAUUGCUAGUAGCCUUUGUCAGAUUUCUUUCAUUCAUUGGUAACAAUACGCUUACAUUGCUACCGACUUGUAACAAAUAAACCAAAUAUUGUUAUCACUGCAAUAAUGAAAAAUUAACUGCAAUCACUGCAAAUUUAAAAAAAAAAAUGGGACACCUAUUUGUGCAUUUAAUCUUUAGUCCUGAUCUUCUAGUUUAACAUUAAGUAUCUGCAUGAGACUUUUAUCAACUGUUUUGUAGACAAUCCACAAAUAAAAUGUGAAUUAACCAAA